GAGAUGCCUCCAGUGGCCCUGCCCCACACCCGCCUCAGUGUUCCAGGUCUCCCGACACCAUGCGCGCCCGAUACCUCCUGGCUCUGUUUCUCAUCCUCCUGGUAUUAGGAUUCGAGGUCCAGGGGGCCCAGGAACAUGAGGCCGCCAGCACCACCCUGCUCACCCAGGUGCAGGAAUCACUCCUCAGUUACUGGGAUUCAGCCAAAGCAGCCGCCCAGGACCUGUACAAGAAGACAUACCUGUCCACGAUGGAUGAGAAACUCAGGGACAUGUACAGCAAAAGCACGGCAGCCGUGAGCACUUACACAGAGAUUCUUACUGACCAGCUCCUCUCUCUGCUGAAGGGAGACCAGUGACAGCUG